AUGCCUCUUCUCUCGUCCAGGCCGCCCUACGCGCAAAAGGCCGACGAGUACUACCAACCGCCUCCCAAGGGCCAGCCAUACUCCAUCACCAUCCCCGGCUCUGAGAAGCCCAACCGCACCCCGGUCUAUCGCCAUCACAAAUGUCGCGAUGGGAUCCUCGAGACCCUCGACCCCUCCAUCACUACGGCCCAUGAAAUGUUUGAGUAUGCCGCGCAGAGGUUUCCUCACGCCCCGUGUCUAGGCUACCGUCCCUACGACUCGUCAAAACAGGCAUACGGCCCGUACGAAUGGCUCGACUAUGAGACAGUCCGCAAGAGGAGGUCGGAUUUUGGCGCGGGACUGGUCGAGUUGCACGCAAGAGAAGGGAUCCAGGGCGCCAACUACGGCGUCGGACUGUGGUGCCAGAACAGGCCGGAAUGGCAACUCACCGAUCUGGCCUGCAUGUCCCAGUCGCUGUACUCGGUCUCUCUAUACGAUACACUCGGUCCCGACGCGUCCGAAUACAUCAUGCAGCACGCCGAACUGGCCUCGGUGGUUUGCUCUCUCCCACACGUCCCGACGCUCAUCAAGCUGAAGCCGCGUCUUCCUCACCUCAAAUUCCUGGUCGUGCUGGACCCUCUGGAACCGGGUCCCAACGAAAAGCCGGAACUGUCCAAGCAACAGCUCCUCAACGCCAUGGCAGCAGAUGUCGGACUCCACAUCUUUUCCCUUGAUGCGGUAGAGAAGCUGGGAGCAUCUCUGGGGAAGCCCAACAACCCGCCCAAACCUUCAGAUCCCAUCACCAUUAACUACACCUCCGGGACCACCGGACCACCGAAAGGUGUCCUCCUCACCCACGCCAUGUGCGUAGCAGCCACGUCUUCCUCCCUCAUCUCCAUUUCAGUCAAGGAAAACAGCGUCGCCUUGAGUUAUUUGCCCCUUGCGCACAUUUACGGCCGCCUGCUGGAACACACUGCGUUCUGGGGUGGGUCUCGGAUCGGCUACUUCCACGGCAACAUUCUCGAACUCGUGGACGACAUCAAACUCCUCCGUCCCACCAACUUCGCCUCGGUCCCGAGACUGCUGAAUCGAUUUGGUGGAGCCAUCAAGGCCAACACCGUCGAGCAACCCGGCGUCAAGGGCGCAUUGAGCCGCCAUAUUGUCCGGACGAAACUGGCCAACGCGAAUCCGGCCCCCAAAUCUGCCGGAGCCACGCCGCCAAACCCAACCUACCACCACGCCAUCUACGACCGCAUCUGGGGUCGCAAGGUCGCUUCGGCCCUGGGUCUUGACCGUGCAGUCACUAUCGUCUCAGGCUCCGCACCCCUCGACCCUUCGUUGCAACAGUUCCUUCGCGUUGCGCUAUCGUCCAGGGUCUAUCAGGGAUAUGGUUUGACAGAGACGUACGCCAUCGCGUUAACCCAGCCAGCUGACGACUUCACAGUCGGCAACUGUGGCGGUGUUGUUGCUUGUGCCGAAGCGUGUCUGAUCUCGGUGCCCGACAUGGAAUACAGUGUUGAAGACAAGCCGUAUCCACGUGGUGAGCUCUUGCUGCGAGGUGCCUCUGUAUUCACAGGAUACUACAAGAACCCCGAAGAAACAGCCAAAGCUUUUACCGAGGACGGCUGGUUCAAGACUGGUGACAUCGCUAGUGUGGAUGAGAGGGGCAGAUUCAGCAUCAUCGAUCGCCGCAAGAACGUCCUGAAGCUCGCGCAAGGCGAGUACAUUUCGCCGGAGCGCAUUGAAGGUGUGUACUUGUCCUCCUGCACGUACCUGGCUCAGGCAUUCGUGCACGGCGACUCGUCACAGACGUCCCUUGUCGCGAUCUUCGGUAUCCAACCAGACGUGUUUGCCCCGUUCGCGUCCAAGAUCCUCUCUCGUGAGAUCUCACCCACCGAUUACCCCGCGCUCCUCCGAGCAUGCGAGGAGCCCAAGGUCAAAGAGGCCGUGCUCAAGGACCUGGACAAGUGCGGCCGCCGGAAGAAAUUUGCAGGCUACGAGCGGGUCAAGAGCUUCAAGCUCAUGCUCGAACCCUUUACGAUCGAGAACGAGCUGCUGACCCCGACGCUUAAGCUGAAGAGGCCCGUCGCCGUCAAGCGGUUCCGGGCCCUGUUGGACGACUUGUACAAGGAGGACGCCGAGAGAACGCCCAAGGCCAAGUUGUAA